AUGGCGGCUGCAUUCAAGGCUCAAUGCCGCAAGGUCAUUUGCAUCGGUCGCAACUAUGCCGACCACAUCACCGAGCUUAACAACACCAAGCCCAAGCAGCCCUUCUUCUUCCUGAAGCCGGCUUCCGCUAUCCUGUGUCCCGGCGAAGGCCCCGUGCUUCGACCCCGCGGCACGAACUUGCAUUACGAGGUGGAAUUGGGUCUGGUGAUGGGCAAGACCGUUCGGGAUCUGGACCCGAACGACGAGAAGGGCGCCUUGGAUGCGAUUCACAGCUACCUCCUCGCCAUUGACAUGACGGCGCGCAACGUGCAAGACGAAGCGAAGAAGAAGGGUCUCCCCUGGUCGAUCGCCAAGGGUUUCGACACCUUCCUGCCCAUCUCGCAGCAGAUCGCGAAAUCGCGCAUCCCCAACCCUCACGACGCCUUCCUGCGGCUGAGCGUCGGCUCUCAGCAGCGCCAGGCUGACUCGACCAGCCUGAUGCUCUACCAGAUCCCGCGCCAGCUGGCGGAGAUCUCGCGCGUCAUGACGCUGGAGAAGGGCGAUCUGGUGCUGACGGGGACGCCGAAGGGUGUCGGGGAGGUGAAGUCGGGAGAUGUCAUGCGGGCAUCGAUCGAGGUGGGGGGUAAGGAGAUUGAGGAGGGCCGUAUCGAGGUCGAGGUUAAGGAUCGGGAGGGCCGGUAUGUGUAUGGUGAGACUUAA